AUGUCUGCUAAAGCAGAAUCCAAGGCCUAUACAGAGGAUAAAAAGGACCCUGUACCUGAAUUGAAUGUCAAAAAGGGUCCUAUUAGACCUUACAUUGUCACCGAGCCACCAGCUACACUAAGUAGCCUGCGUACGCCAACAUGCUGGAAAGAAAAGGCACUAAUUGGUGCUCUAUGCUUUGUCACUGCAUUCGUUAGAUUGUAUGGUUUAUCAUACCCAGAUUCAGUAGUCUUCGAUGAAGUUCAUUUCGGUGGAUUUGCAUCAAAGUAUAUUAAGGGUAUUUUCUUCAUGGACGUUCACCCCCCACUAGCUAAAAUGCUUUUCGCUGCUGUGGGUUCUAUUGCUGGAUUUACUGGAGACUUUGAUUUUAAGAACAUUGGGGACGUUUUCCCAGAGACCACUCCAUACUUUUUCAUGAGACUAUUCUCGGCUGGUCUGGGUGCAUGCACGGUUUUGUUGAUGUACUUGACAUUAAGAUGCUCGGGCAUUAGAGUUCCUAUUGCUUUCUUGGCAGCUCUAUGUUUUGCAGUUGAGAACUCUUUCGUGACAAUCUCUCGUUACAUUCUUUUGGAUGCCCCACUAAUGUUUUUCAUCGCAGCAGCAGCUUACUCCUUCAAGAAAUACGAACUUUAUCCCCAAGGAUCCUUGGGCUCUUACAAGUCUUUACUCAGCACAGGUAUGGCUUUGGGUAUGGCACUAUCUUCCAAAUGGGUGGGUCUUUUCACAAUUGCAUGGAUCGGUUUGUUAUGCAUCUGGAGAUUGUGGUUUAUGAUUGGCGAUCUAUCAAAGCCUGUUUCUCACACUUUUAAGGAGGCUGUCAAGAAGGGUCUACUUUUGCUUGGUGUCCCAUUGGCUCUUUACCUAGUCUUCUUCUACAUUCACUUUGAGACGUUGACCGUCUAUUCUGACGGUGCUGGCUUCUUCUCAUCUGCUUUCAGAACCACUUUACUAGGAAAUACUAUUCCUAAGAAUAUCUUGGCUGAUGUUGGUAUUGGGUCCAAGGUUACUAUCCGUCAUAUUGCUACUAUGGGAGGCUACUUACAUUCACACGAUCAUAUGUACGAGAAAGGUUCCCAACAACAGCAAAUUACGUUGUACCCUCACUUGGACGGAAAUAAUGACUGGAUUAUCGAAUUAAAUGAUCAGCCAAAUACAGAAGUUACCUCAUUUAUCGGUCUCGAAGAUGGUACCACCAUCAAGUUGAAGCAUGCAAUCACACAGCGUAGAUUACAUUCUCAUGAUCACAAAGCACCAGUGUCUGAAAGUGCCGACUGGCAAAAAGAAGUUUCAUGUUAUGGUUUCGAAGGUUUUGAAGGUGAUGGGAAUGAUGACUGGGUCGUUGAAAUUGAUCAAGAAGCCUCGGCUCCAGGUGAAGGUCAAAAGCGUAUCAGAGCUAUUGAAACUAAAUUUAGAUUGAGACAUGCUUUAACUGGUUGCUACUUGUUCUCACAUGAGGUUAAACUACCAAAGUGGGGUUUUGAACAACAAGAAGUCACCUGUGCAAGCCAAGGGAAAAAACAUUUAACAUUAUGGUACAUCGAGGGUAACGAAAAUGCUAACCUCCCCGAAGAUGCUGAGCGCGUCUCAUAUCAAAGGCCUAGCUUUUGGCAAAAGUUUUUGGAAUCACAGCAAAGAAUGUGGCAUAUCAACAAAAACUUGGUCGAGCCUCACAUCUAUGAAUCUCAACCAUACUCUUGGCCAUUUUUGCUUCGUGGCAUUAACUACUGGGGUCAAAACCAUAGGCAAGUUUAUUUGCUCGGUAAUGCAAUUUUAUGGUGGUCUGUAACUGCAUUCAUCGGUCUUUUCGCAUUUGUUGUUGUUUGUGAGUUACUAUACUGGCAAUUAGGUCAUCCAAUCUUGCAAGAUUCAAAGGUGAUCAACUUCCAUGUUCAAGUUAUUCACUACUUGCUUGGUUAUGUCUUGCAUUACUUGCCUUCAUUUUUGAUGGGACGUCAAUUAUUUUUGCACCACUACUUGCCCGCAUAUUACUUCGGUAUUCUUGCUUUUGCACAUGCUCUAGAUAUAAUCGUGACUGUUGUUUUCAAGAAAAAGAAGCUGUUCGGCUACGCUGUAGCAGGUGCUUUCUUGAGUGGUGUUGUUUACUUCUAUCAGUCAAACAAGGCCAUCAUCUAUGGUACUCCAUGGACUCAGGAUCUCUGCAGAAAGUCUCAAUGGGUGUCUGGCUGGGAUUACAACUGCAAUAAUUUCCUAUCAUCUUACGAAGAAUAUGCCAACCUUCAAACGCCAGAGGGCACUCAAGCUGGACUAUCACCAUCAAAAACUGCCGAGGCUGGUGCCGAUGCUCAACCUACUGGAGGUUCUUCUGAAGCUCACCAAGAGACUGUAGUUGAAUAUCAAGAGCCUGUGGCACAAGAAAAUUUUGACAUGGAUCAGCUUUUGGCUGGUCCAGGGAAGAAGAGAUUUGUGGACGCAGACGGAAACGAAUUACCUAUUGAUGUUGCUAAAGAGAUUUUGGGUAAUGGCGGCUCGGUAGUUAGUAUCGAACACCGCGAAGUGUAG